GCGCAUGGUUCUUGUAUUUGCUUCCUAGAUUAACUCCUUUGUCGUGUGUGUGCUUCCAGGUUUAGGCCGAUCGCUGCUCUGUAGGCUAGACGAGCUGCACCCCCGAACAGAAGCGAUGCCUCCGCCGGUCCUGGAGCUCGGGCAGGACGAGGCUGGAGAGGGUGCGACCAGCGCCUUCGUGGAGGCCCUGCGCCAGUGGGCCGCUAAGAAGCUCCAGGAGGGCCAGGGUGCGCAGGGCAAGCAGGGCGGCGGCGGCCGCACCGGCCUACUGGGCGCCGGACGACAGAAAGGCCAGUCGCGCACCGGCCUACAGGACGCCGGACAAGCAGCAAGCCAGCCCCGCACCGGCCUGCAGGACGCCGAACAGGGAAGCCAGCCGCGCACCGGCCUACAGGACGCCGGACAAGCAGGAAGCCAGCCCCGCACCGGCCUACAGGAUGCCGAACAGGGAAGCCAGCCGCGCACCGGCCUACAGGACGCCGAACAAGGAAGCCAGGGGAAUAACGACGACACCGACCAGAAGCCCUCGGCGUGCGCGAGGUGCGGGGCCAUGGUGAACCACAACGACGCAGUCCGGGGGUUGCACGAGUGCGACGACCUAGUCGAAAGCGCCCCGCUGUCCGACAGCUUCGUGGCUCAGCUGACCAUUUGUCUGGAGUGUGACACAGUGGUGGAGUGCGACAAGCUCUGCCACUGCUACCAGCUCGGUGGCCAGCACGGUGACCCGGUAGGUGUCGUGCAAGUUGACUCGCAGGGUUACUCGCUAGGCGAGCAGCACGGCGACCAGGACGGCAUCCAGGACGGCAUCCAGGGCGACAUCCAGGACGGCGACCAGGACGGUGACCAGGACGGCGAACAGCACGGCGAACAGCAGGAAGGGGAGUCCACGGCGGUAGAGCCACCCCCGAACUGCGCGCGGGAGACUGUACGUGAUCAGGAGAGUGACUCUUCUAGUGAAAUGGAUUGCUCUUCAGAGAACGUGACACCUGUCGGGGCGAGCGGUCCGUCCACCACCAGCGACAACCAGGGGAGACUUCGGUGUCGCCCCAUCAAGGAGCUACAAAUGGAGGUAGAGGAUGCCCCGCCAAAUUUGUCGUCACCGCCUGACGCGCCCAGUUCUGAUGGAAUGCCACAUUUGUCACCACAGGGAAAGAUCUACCGCCGCAUCGACGCACCGCCGAUUUUGUCACCGCAGCGCGUUGCCCACCAGACGCACUCGCCGCCUCCCUUGUCACCUCUGAAUGAACCCCCCACGAGCGGAGCACCUCUGCGUUCAUCACGCCAGGAAAGCGAGGACGACGAAGAGGCCGCCGAACUCUUAGCAACCCCGAUCCUCCAGACUAACUCCCCCCAAACUGCUGCAGUACAUCCGCACUCGACGCCUCUGCUGGACACUGAACAGUUGAGUCUUGUCCCCCAGAGCCAUGUCCACAGGGCCUCGGCGGCCACCGCCCCCAGACAGCCGUGCCUGCCGUGCCUGAUGUGCCCCGAGUCCGAGGCCGUGCUCAUGACCAGCCACGACCUGGACGCACACAUGUUCGAGGCCCACGGCGGCACCGCGGGCGACGUGCAGUGCGGGGCGUGCCAGGUCCACUUUCGCGACGAGGACACGCUGCUUGCGCACGCCCGCCGCUGCCACGACGGCCUCCUCUUCGACGUGGCGCUCCUCGGCGCCUCGGCCGCGCAGGGGGAAGCCGUGUGUCGGCUCUGCUGGCGCCAGUUCGCCGACAAGGCGGCCGUGCGCACGCACCAGGAGGCGCAGCACAUGGGCGUGGUGCCGCUCGACCGCCUCGAGCACCUGGCCUCGAUGCUGCUUAACCUGCGGCUCACGCACGUCAGCGGCCAGGACCCCGACGGACGCGCCGAGGACGACGCCGAGGUGGAGAUUGUCGGCGAAGUGUCGUCGCCCCAUACCUACGGCGGCGCCCGCAGGUGCGAUUGCGCGAACUGCCUUGGGGUGAUACGGAGACGUCCUACACAACAGUUAAUCAACUCCAGGAUUGAAACGCACACGCGGUGAUGUUGUCAGCUAACGUUAGUUGUUAAGGGCCAGCGUAAGAGAUUAAGUGAGGUAAGCAGUAUUGAGAAAAAAGAAUUACAGAGUGAAAUGGACACCUUUGCGAUUAGUAUGCAGCAGUGAAUCUCAGUGUAUGUGUAGAAUUAGGAAGUAAAUGUGAGAGGUAGGUAAGAUGGCGAGGGGAUGUGCGCCGACCCCGCCUAUACAGAAACACAGCCAGGAGCGAGCUUUUCUGAGGAGAUGUUGCGGCGGUGGUGGAUUGGCUACCUGCUUCCGAGGGUCCACGCAAAGGGAUAGGCGGGACCCAGCCGGCCCAUGUGUUGCGGGGGUAGCUGAGGAGGUAGUGGUGCAGAAGAGCUCCCAUAAGAAAAGCUCGCUCCUAGUUGUGUCUCCCUAUAUCUUUGCUUUCCUCUCAUGUUCUAGUAAUAAUUACAAGGCGCCACUUUGCGCUGUUUCACCAUGUGUCUUGUCCGUACCUGAAUACUCUCAUUAUUUGUAAAUUGUUAAUUUGCCUUAUCUUGGCAUGUGUUAAUUUGUAGUUUUUUUUAUGGAAUCAAAGACUUAUUUUUGUUUUGAAUUGUUAAUGUAUUUAACUUCAACAAGCACUAUUGGAGUACACAUAAAAAGAGAAUGUAUAGUUUAUGAACUGUUACUCUCAUUAUUUUUUAUUUGAUGAAAUAAAUAAUUGAGGGACACCAAACAAAUUAGUGUUUCUACAUGCUAGGCUAGUGUAUUUAUACCUUUACAUUGGCUAAACUAAAGACUAUAAAUUAUAUUUUUCUCAAAUAAAUUAUGUUUAUGGCAGUUGA